UCAGAUACCAAGAGCACUCCUUUCGCAGAUGAAUCCAGUACACUUGUGCCUAUGAGCGUUACUUUCGGAACUGAAACAUCCCAAGUUCACUCGGAGGAACAAAAGGCGAAAGUGAGCUCGGCGGGUUCACCGGACCAUCGAUCUUUAUCAGACUCGUGCUCAUCGCCGUCCCCAUUCUAUGCUCAUACUGCUGAACUUUCCAACUCUACGGCUGUCGACGAUGAGAAAGAACGUGAACGGAAAACUCGGUUAUUAAUGACACUGGAGAAGCUGGAUGAAAGGGUAGCCGACACAUUCUCCCAGUCUAUACAGCGUCUCCCUUCACUGACAGGUUCAGAACAAGACGAGAAAAGGAUUGGGUUCGAAUCAAUGCCAUACGAGCCGUCAAAGAGACAAGCUGGGAAGGUGGAACAGAUGGAGGUGAAGUUUGAUAAAAGGAGGGAACAAGAACUGUGGGAGGAACUUUUUGGUAGCAUUGCUCCAGAAAAUAGUACCGAAAAGAAAACGGCAACACGAAUCCCUAUCACUCGGGCAGUGAGGCAAGCCAAUGAAAAUAGUGGUAACUUCACAAAACUUGCGGAAUCCAAACGUACAGCACAGCAGAGACGAAGUGAAUUCGGCACACCCGUAAAACGUCUUCCCGACACAAAGCCUUCUCGAGGACGGACAGGCAAUUGUACCCACGCGCCACCAAAACAACUAACUUCCAUUCCUACUUUGCCCGAAUUAACUGAGUCAAACCAGACACAGUCAGGUCGAAUUCAUCCCAAAUACGCGCCGGUCAGACCAUUUCGGGAUGAUGAUGACGAUGACUCCGAGCUGGAACACUUCCAGGCAUAAAUAAUACGAGCGAUUCGUAUACCCAUCCCCAUUUGUUUUGUCUUCCUUGCAUGUGAUUUGCUCUGUAAGACCCAUGCGUUCCAAUUGGCCUUACGAAUCAAUGUGAUAAAACAAUUGCACACCAUAGCUUUUUAUGCCAUCCACAAUAAAC